UUUCUCACUACCAAACACAUUAACAGGAAGCAGAGUUCUGAUUUGAUCUUUGUGAACUAAAGUGCGGAAACAACGAAUCCGCCAACUACCCUGUUUUGUUUCCACGUGUAGAACGCUCUUAAUUUUAAUGUUGCGAAAGUCUCUCAAAAACUAAACCGAAGCUAUAAUCAUAAAGCAUGGUCUGUAUGGCCAAAUCCACAAUCUGAACUUGGUCAGCAAGCCCAUCAUAUGACUCUCUAAAGUCAUCCUCCACUUCAAUGCUCAUUGGUCCAUCGCAUACCAUUUUUCCAUACCAAAAUCACUGAAAAGAAGUUAUGAUUAGGUGGUUUCGCACCAAUUUCACUGCAUUCCUGUCUUAUUUAUAAAGACUGCAUCAACUAUCUUAUCAAACCACCAAGAGCUUCCCACCAUGUCCUUUUUCUGGUUCUCUAGCUUGGUCCGUUUGCACAUCACAUGGCCUAUUGUAUCCUAUGCUGCCACUUGGAUAACACUUCUAACGUUGACGGCGGCAGUGGCUUCUAUCUCACCGCAGGUGGCGUUUGUCUCUGCCAUAUCCCCCUCCUCUUCGUUCUCUCAGAAGUGCAGCACUGAUGGGUCCAUCAGAAUGCCCUUGGAUGUUCCAGGAGACAUCCUGUGUUUUCCUCCUCACAUGUUCGUGAAGUCCAAGGUUGACCUAAUCGUUCCACCCGUCUUUGCAGCAGCCAUUGUUGCGGCUUCUGCUUGCGUGGUCCGAGCUGCGGGCAUGUGGGAGCAUGAUCAAACUCGUUGAGAUGCAACUUAACUGGGUCUUCCUCUUAGGAUCAAAUCAUAUCUAUCUGAGACAAAAGAAUUAACAAAAUUCGAUUAUGUGUCACCUGAAAUUAACAGAUUUCGAGAUUAUGUGAUAAUUUUGCUGCUGAGAAGAGCUUCUGAUGAACACGGCCUGACGUGGAGAUUGGCUGUGAAACUGGGCUAAACUGGUUGCUUCUGUAUAUACGAGAUUAUUUAUUUUUUGAAAUCCACACAAGGAAAUUGUCAAAUGUUAGCAAUGAUGUGUUCGUAAUAAAUUUCUGAAUUAUUUGUCUUUCGGGUAUGCUGAUCAUAUGGGGAGUUAGAUUGAGGUCAAUGAUCAAUCUUACUUUUCAGUUAAAAUAAAUAUUCCAUUCAAUACUAACGGCGAAUAAUUUUCUAUA